GAUUUUCUCUACAUAGGUUUCUCUCUUUUAUAUGCGAUUUGUAAGGCUUAAAAAUAAUGAAUUCCCUCUCUUUGUUACGUUAAACCUUUGUUUAACUUCCUCUUUAAAGUUAUCUAAAGUGAAGAUUUUAAAAUACUUAACGUAGGAUAAAAUUUGUACAUUCAAAAGCAUAGAUAAUUAAUUGUAAAAUAUCUAAACGUAGAUAAAAAAAAGGGUUUACGUCGUCAUUUUUAAAGUAGAUAUUGAAAAAAAAAUAAAACGUCAUUCAAAUGUGCUUUUAUUUUGAAAGAUACAAUUGCAGCUACCAGUGUGAGGGGGGAAACUCGUUUUCACUUCCGGGUCAGUGGCGGUUUCUCUAUUGCUGUCGUUCUGCUGUCAACUCCCACCUCUCCGUGAAUUGUAGUUGUCUAUUUUUUCUUUUUAGACUCAGAAGACGUCUCCGCUUCUAUCUUCCUAAAGCCAACAUGGUGUUCAGAGUGACUGUCAACAUGUCGUGGAGGACCACCCGGACGCUGUGGUUUGUCAUGCUUGUCAGCCUGUGUGUGUCCAUCACUGUUUGCCGAGCAGCAUCAUCAUCAUCUCCUCAGGAAGAGGACAGUGCCAUGGAGAACAUCGUUACAGAAAAAAAGGCUGAGGAGAGCCACAGACAGGACAGUGCGGAUUUGCUGAUCUUCAUCCUGCUCCUCACCCUCACCAUCCUAACCAUCUGGCUGUUCAAGCACCGGCGGUUCAGGUUUCUGCACGAAACGGGGCUGGCGAUGAUUUACGGUGUAAUCGUCGGUGUAAUUUUGCGCUACGCCAUCCAUCUUCCUCGGGAUGUUAGCAACGUCUCCAUGAGUUGCUAUGUCAACGCCAGCCCCCCGACUCUGCUGGUCAACGUCAGCGGCAAAUUCUACGAGUACACCUUGAAGGGAGAGAUCGGUGCCAACGAGGUGAACGACGUUCAGGACAACGAGAUGCUGCGCAAGGUCACUUUCGACCCUGAAGUGUUCUUCAACAUUCUGCUGCCGCCCAUCAUCUUUCAUGCUGGAUACAGCUUAAAAAGGAGACAUUUUUUUCGUAACAUGGGGUCCAUCUUGGCCUUUGCGUUUCUGGGGACUGUUAUUUCCUGUUUUGUUAUCGGGCUGUUGAUGUACGGGUGUGUCAUGCUGAUGAAGCAGGUGGGACAGAUGGGUGGAGACUUCUUCUUCACCGAUUGUUUAUUCUUUGGAGCUAUCGUCUCUGCCACCGACCCAGUGACAGUCCUGGCUAUCUUCAAUGAGCUGCAGGUAGACGCAGACCUGUAUGCGCUUCUGUUUGGAGAGAGCGUGCUCAACGACGCUGUAGCCGUGGUUCUGUCUUCGUCUAUUGUAGCAUACCAGCCACAAGGAGACAACAGCCACACCUUUGAGGCCACGGCUCUGCUGAAGUCUUUCGGAAUGUUCCUGGGAGUUUUUAGCGGCUCUUUUGCGCUCGGCGUGGCCACCGGAGUCGUCACCGCCCUCGUGACCAAAUUCACCAAGCUGAGGGAUUUCCAGCUGCUGGAGACGGCGCUCUUCUUCCUCAUGUCGUGGAGCACCUUCCUGCUGGCUGAGGCUUGUGGCUUCACAGGUGUGGUGUCAGUGCUGUUCUGUGGAAUCACGCAGGCCCACUACACCUACAACAACCUGUCCCCUGAGUCUCAGGACAGAACCAAGCAGCUCUUUGAACUGUUGAAUUUCCUGGCGGAGAACUUCAUUUUCUCCUACAUGGGUCUGACCUUGUUCACCUUCCAGAACCACGUCUUUAAUCCGAUGUUCAUCGUUGGAGCUUUUCUGGCGGUGUUCCUGGGAAGAGCUGCUAACAUCUAUCCCCUCUCGUUGCUUCUUAAUCUGGGGCGACGCUACAAGAUCAGAUCCAACUUCCAGCACAUGAUGAUGUUUGCAGGUCUUAGAGGCGCCAUGACGUUCGCCUUGUCCAUCAGGGACACGGCCACGUACGCCCGUCAGAUGAUGUUCUCUACUACUCUUCUUGUUGUCUUCUUCACCGUUUGGAUUUGUGGCGGCGGUACCAUGCAGAUGCUGUCCUGCCAGCGCAUACGGUAUAGAACAUCACUGAACUGCAUGAAGUUCUCUUCUUCUGGUGUUUGGCCCAGAGGAUGUUUCUUUUUAUUUUUUUUUUUUGACAGAGUUGGUGUUGACUCUGAUCAGGAGAAUUCUAUGAGUGUCACUGAUGGAUCCGAGAGGAGAAGCACCAAACAAGAAAGUGCCUGGCUUUUCAGAAUGUGGUACAACUUUGACCACAAUUACCUGAAGCCCAUCCUGACUCACAGCGGCCCACCCCUCACAGCCACGCUGCCUCCCUGCUGUGGCCCCCUCGCCCGCUUCCUCACCAGCCCUCAAGCCUAUGAGAAUGAAGGCCAGCUGAAGGACGACGACUCUGACCUCAUCCUGACGGAUGGCGACAUUAACUUGACCUACGGUGACAUCACGGUCAGUACAGACGCCUCAGGUACCCACACCAGCAGCGGCCCGGGCUACGCCGGCGCUGCCUCCGAUGACUUGGACAGAGAGUUAGCAUUCGGCGAUCACGAGCUGGUGAUGAGGGGCACGCGUCUGGUGCUGCCUAUGGACGACUCCGAACCGCCAUUCACAGACUCCUUCAACCAUUUACGGAUGUAAAAACCAUCGAUGAGCACAGACCUAAACAUUCCCCCGACUCCAGCUGAAAUGAAAGAUCAGAACCCGAGUCUUCAACUUUCACUCAUCUGUUUAUGAUCACUUUGCCUCGCUCCUCCUGCCGUCUUUGCUUUGGUCAGAUCCCUCCUUUCUAGACAAAUCAUUCUCUCUACCUCAUCUCCGUCUUUCCACUCCUCUUUAGUUCCUGCCAUUGCUGGUUGCAGCAACAUUUAUUUGCUGAAUUGACAGUUUUACACAACUCAGCAUGUCUUAGUGUGUAAAAACGAUCCACUAGAUCAGGUGGUGUACAGAAUAUCCCAAAAGAAUUAUAUUGGUAUGCAUGCAGCUGAUGCUUGAUGUUUUUUUUUAUUGUACUUGAGAUUUAUGAUUUUUUUUUUUGUUUUUUUUUUUGGUCUGACUCUGAAUGUUGCUGCUUUAUCUCUGUGCGUCAGAGGGCAAGCUGGCUCUGUGAUCAACCUUACUGUACAUUUGGUUACAAACAAGUGCCUGGGAACUGUAGUUUUUAGCUUGGUAACCCUAUGACUGGAUGUGCUCUGGGAAGUAGAGCCGCUUCAGGACGGGGCCGUCAUUUAGCCUCCCUUUCUAAAAAAAGCUAAAUCAUCCAUCUCUGUCAAGGAUACUCGGCGGGUGUUUUUCGGUUGUCGUUAUGUUCUCAUGUGUGACGGCUUGAUUGCGCUGUGUCCUGGCGGUGAGCUGCGGAUCUGUGACCUCAGACUGUGACGGAGAAAGACUUGGCACCUCCUUUUAGAGGAGCAGAUGUAGGAGCCCCCUCUGUGAAAACCAGAUCCAGAUGAGCUGACAUGAAAAAAAACCUGGUGCCAUUCCCCUCCACUAUUUUAUAAAGCCAAACCCCCUUGACCUUACAGCUUUGAAAUCCUCAUAAAUCCCAGUUUGAUUUUUUUUCUUUUUUUUGCCAAAUCAGUACAUCCUCUGAACUUUAUAACUUUUUCCAUCAAUGUAAUAUUUUUUCAUAAACUUUUAGGAAAGACCAUUAGAUAUAUGAAUUUGACACAAAAUACUUGAUUAUAGGCAUAAAAAAGUGAUUUAUUUUCAUAUAAUCUUCUAAAAAGUUUUGUACUUGUUAAAAAAAUGCUUUGUCAAGUUAUUAUAUUUUAUAUAAGUUCCAGCUCAUUUUUGUCUGAUUAUUCUUUAAAAAAUUUGUAAACAACCAUCUAAAACCCCAGACGAGAAUAUGAAUAUUUCUAUCUCGUGUUCCGUCUGUGCAGCAGGAACGUAUAUUCAUGAGCUUAUAGACUGUCAGGGAAAAAAAUGAUAGCAGGCAGAUUUUUUAUGUGUGGCAAAUGUUUCAUUCAUGUGCUGCAGCUCCAGCCCCUCCAAAAGGAGAUCAUUAGACGAUAUGAGCUGAUACUUGAACAGGUCGCCUUUCUGAGAAUAAUUCUCUCAAAUGUUCAUGCUGGAUUUUUAUUUAUUUUUUUAUUUUUUUGACUGUGCCAUGCAGAACAAGGUAUGAUGGGUAAGCGGGAUUUAAAGAUCGUAACUGUGCUUUAGAGUUAAGGCUGUACCAAAAGAGUUGUCCUAAAGCUUUGCUGGUGUUUCGUGAGCUGUUUUGGUCGCAGAGUUCUGCUGCGGCUGAUAUGUGUUCAACAGGAAGCGUUGAUCGGACGUCUCCAUGGCGACUCUGUUGUUUGGGUGCAGGCCAGGAAACUUUAAGUGUGUAGCGAGGGUGUUUUUUUUUUUUUUUCAUUGUUAGACUUUUUCAGCCAAAAACAAAAAAGUGAGGGCAUGAAAAGUAUUCCAGGGUGGGCUUGAUGGAGUUAAAAAAGGUGUAGUAGUUGUUUGUGAAAGGAAGAACAGGCUUGUAGAUACGGCUUUUCCUUUCAUAGUUAUCUUCUGCUGUGCAGGAAUCUCAUUUUAUUUUGUUCUGUUUGUUUCCACAUCCUCAUCAUUUCUGAAACUUAUUUUUUAAGAGCUAUAAUAAAGAAAGAAAUGCUGUAUAAUUUGCACUCAUUUUUGUUUCUCUGUAUUUCCAAACUUUUACGUUUUGUACCUUGUGCUCUUUGAGGUUCUGGAAAAAAUGAAAUGGGUGUUAAAAAUGCUUUCAUCCUGUUAGGUACAUUGUAGUGGUUGCAACUUGUCACUGUUUGAACACUGUUGCCAAGACAACCUCUGAAAAGUUAAAAACCUGUCCUGUGAGGAGUGUGUAAAUGACACAUCGACUAAUGUGAACCCUGCAAAAGCUGAUCUCCGUCUUUGUGUUUGCUGACCAAAGAGGCCUACUGUGCUCCUCUCUAUCUUUACACUCUCCAAGUUUCCUCUUCGUGUGAAGGCGUGUGUGCUGUAAAGCCUGCAGGCAUAUGUGGCUGUGAAUACGUGUGUUUGUCUGAACACUCCUACUUGUUGCAGGUACUGUUUACAUAUGUGUAAAUAUGCUCUCACCUGUUCAUUUGCGUGCAGCAUUAAAUGAGCAAAAGCUUGUGUUGUUGAUCUUCA